CUAGCCACUACCAGAUAACUGUGUGCUGUACGUAGACCUUUGUUAGUGGCUGUGUGUGACACAGGAGGAAGCGGCGUCACAGGUGUCACAUUUAUAAAAUCUGACUCAGUCACUGAUGUAAACAAGAUGAACAAAUACAGGAAGCAGAUAGCAGAGCAGUUCCUGAGUCAGGCCCUGAGCAUCAUUUGCCUGCUGACCGGAGAGGAAUAUGUUGUUGUGAAGAAGAGGCCCUCCCACAGCAGCAUUCACCGGCAGAGCAGAGAGGUACCUAUAAAGUGUGAUGAUGUUGCUGUGUAUUUCUCUCUGGAGGAGUGGGAGUAUAUAGAGGGACACAAGGAGCUUUACAAGGACGUCAUGCUAGAGACUCACCAAGCACUAAGGACUAUGGAGAUGCCAGGAAACAAGAGCUCCGAACUAACAGGUCACAGAGAUGAAAAUCUAAUCACAGGAGCACAAGGAGAACUUGCGCAGAAUAUUCAGCCAGUGGAGUCCCCAUCAGACGUCUCUGCUGAACUAACGGGUUACAGUGAUGAAAAUCUAGACACAGGAUCACAUGGAGACCUUGUACAGAAUAUUCAGCCAUCAGAUAUCUCUGCAGCUGUUAAAACAGAAGAUCUGAGUGUAACGUGUCAUCUGGAAGCUCCAAAGCAGGAAAUGUGUGACAAUGAAGUGUUUGGUUAUAUCAGCCCUGAUCAUAUAAUGACACCAAGCAGGAAGACCCUAUUCAGCUGCUGA